AUGGUAACAGGCUCUGAAUUAGCAAGGCACAUUCCCGAUCAGUAUACUUGGACUUUAUCUAUCGCAUAUGAUCUAGUGCUUUGCCAUCGCACGAUCACCACUCCACUGGCCACCCAACCACUCAACUGGCCACCCCACCGCUCUAUUGGCCACCCCACAACUCAUCUGGCCACCCCACCACUAAACUGCCCGCCUCAACACUCUACUGGCCACACCAACACUCAACUGCCCGCCCCACCCCUCUACUGGCCACCCCACCACUCAACUGCCCGCCUCAACACUCUACUGGCCACACCAACACUCAACUGCCUGCGCCCCAACACUCAACUGCCCGCCCCACCCUCUACUGGCCACACCAACACUCAACUGCCCGCCCCACCGCUCUACUGGCCACACCAACACUCAACUGCCCGCCACACCGCUCUACUGGCCACCAACAACUGCCCGCCCCACCACCCAAUGACCGAACCAACACUCAACUGCCCGCCCCACCGCUCUACUGGCCACACCAACACUCAACUGCCCGCCCCACCCCUCUACUGGCCACCCCACCACUCAACUGCCCGCCCUGCUCCUCUACUGGCCACACCAACACUCAACUGCCUGCCCCACCCCUCUACUGGCCACACCAACACUCAACUGCCCGCCCCACCGCUCUACUGGCCACACCCAACACUCAACUGCCCGCCACACCACUCCAAUGACCGAACCAACACUCAACUGCCUGCCCCACUUUCUACUGGCCACACCACUCCAAUGACCGAACCAACACUCCAACUGCCCGCCCUGCUCCUCUACUGGCCACACCAACACUCAACUGCCCGCCCCACCCUCUACUGGCCACCCCACCACUCAACUGCCCGCCCCACCCUCUACUGGCCACCCCACCACUCAACUGCCCGCCCUGCCUCUACUGGCCACACCAACACUCAACUGCCCGCCCCACCCUCUACUGGCCACACCAACACUCAACUGCCCGCCCCACCGCUCUACUGGCCACACCAACACUCAACUGCCCGCCACACCACUCCAAUGACCGAACCAACACUCAACUGCCCGCCCCACUCCUCUACUGGCCACACCACUCCAAUGACCGAACCAACACUCAACUGCCCGCCCUGCUCCUCUACUGGCCACACCAACACUCAACUGCCCGCCCCACCCUCUACUGGCCACACCAACACUCAACUGCCCGCCCCACCGCUCUACUGGCCACACCAACACUCAACUGCCCGCCCCACCACUCUACUGGCCACACCAACACUCAACUGCCCGCCCCACCACUCAAAUGGCCAUCCCACCGCUGUACUGGCCACCCCACCACUCAACUGCCCGCCCCACUACUCUACUGACCGCCCCACUUCUCUACUGGCCAUCCCACUCAACUGUCCAUCUCAUCACUCAACUGCCCAUCUCAUCACUCAACUGUCCAUCUCACCAUCCUCCUAG